AUGCAGGAAAGAAAACCUGAAGCUAACCUAAAGGAAAAGUGGGAUGGAGAGGAGGCGGAGGCGGAGGCGGAGGCCGGGGCCGAGGCGGAGACCGACGCCGAGGUGGAGACGGAUGCGGCCAGUGAGCCCGAGGAUGAGGGUGAGGGCGAAGGCCCGGGGCUGCCCUUCCGCUGGGCUGCCCUGGGGGACUCCCCAGAGCGCGCUCUUGGUCUGCAAACCCGACGCCCAAAGGGUCCACUUUGCGCACCUGAGGGCCUUCCCAAGGCGAACAAGCACACAUGUAGAACUGCUGCAGAAACACUGCAAAACGCACCUUCCCUGGACACGGAGAAAGAUACGGCUGCCUUUGAUGAUUUGUUAGGGGGCGGGGGGGCACAAAGGGGCAAGGAUGAACUUCAGGGAGCCCAUGAACCUUCUGGAAUUUUAUAUAUAGUGUCAUGCAGAGUUUCAAAUACGACAAUAACCAAAGAAGUAGAAUUUGGAAUGUGCACUGUUACGUGUGGGGGUAAACCAAUUUCAGAAACUCUUGACAGUGUUAGGCUGGCAUGCAUUCAUAUAUCUCCUGUAAAUCGUUUCAAAUAUAUGUGGAGGCUUCUGAGGCCAGAUCAACAAGCUAUUAUACUUGGAAAUGAUUCGGCAAUCCUGGAAGUACAUAGGGAUACCCAUCCUAUAGCUUUGGAAUGUAACACCCUGGAUAAUAAUGAAAUCAUUGCGUCUGUUAGAUUCACAGUCUACACAGCAGGUGAAUUGCAGAUGAGAAGAUUUCCCAGACCAGACACUGAUGCAGUCCUGGUGUUUGUGCUGACCAUAGGAGUCAUUAUCUGUAUAUUUGUGAUCUUUGUAUUGAUCUUCAUAAUUAUAAACUGGGCAGCAGUCAAAGCCUUAUGGGGGACAAAAGCCUCAACAACUGAGUUACAGUCUGAGUUGAGUUCUAUGAGAUACAAAGAUUCCGCUUCUGUUGAUCAGUCACCACCAGAAGUACCUGCUCAUGAAGAAGAUAAUUUAAGUGAAUGGAAUGAAUGAUAUAUGACAGAACA